AGAGGUGAAGAAGGUGGGGGCAAAGAAGGGCAGAAGUGAAGUUGGAGGGGUAAGGAGUGGCAUAAGUGAAGGGAGGAGGUGCAGGGAAGUGAUAUUGAGGAAAAUGAAAUUAGAAGGAAUGGAAAAGGGACAGGUAUACAAAUAUUUAUUUGCGCAGAUAUGAAGGGGAAGUGAAGAAAAGAGAAAUCACGGAUAAAUAGACCUGACAACAGACAAGAAGAGAGGAAGGCUAAGGGGAAGUAUAGAGUGGGAUGAAUGAAAUUAAAGCAUUUGAUAUUUACACCUAUAUCAUACCCACUUAUAUAAAGUACAAGCCUGCUGUGUGUGCCGUAUUGUCAGUACAAAGGUUGUAGGAUAGCUGAUAAAGAGCGGUGUGAUGGAGGUCAGUGUACCAGCUCAUACUGUUGGGACUGACGUAAACCAGUAACUCGAUACCGCGGGGCGUAGACAGGGAGUGGUCUGGCGGGUAGGGCCACUAUUGACGGAACAGCAUCACUUGUGUGCGUGUGUGCAUGAUUGAGGGGGAGGGGGACGGCCUUUGAUGGAAUGCCAGCUGCAGUAGCUUCAAAAUUAAAGUCGGGAGUGAUUUUACUGUCAGAAUGAAAACGACUGUGAACCAGUACGAGGUGAAAAUCUCCAGCUUGGACUGAAGAAAAAAAAACACACUUACGUCAUGCAAUGUUGGAUGAUGCUGGUUAAUUUGUGUGCUAAGUAAAAUGACAGAGGACAGCUCUCCAGUGUUAAACAACUCCCGCCAUAAAAACAAUAACUGUACACAUGAAAACUCCACAGAGAACUCUCCUGUGAUGGAGGAAGAUUCUUCUAUGGAGGAACCACCAUUCAAAAUCAAACGGAGAAUAAAACACGAAAUAGACUCGGGAAUGUACGACUCGCCAAUGACAAUGUCAGGACUCUGUGUAGUGCCAAAUAACUUUCAAAUCAAACUUGAGGCUCCAAGCCCUGAGAUGUCAUCCUCAGACUUGAGUCCAGACUCGCGGGGCUCUCCGUACUCCCGUCCCUCUCUGAAUGUGUCCCCCAACCAUUCUCCGGUGAUUGGAGAGGAGGGAGUGAGUGCAUUCACCAAGACAGUGCCAAAAAAUCAAACAGCCGAACAAAGACAAAUGUCGCUUAUCAAACUAAGUCAGAUCCGAUCAGCAUUCUCUUCACGACCUUCAGGUGCCAGCGGACCAACAUCAGUAGGACAAAUGUUUGCCCUUAAAAAGCGGAUCAAACAGGCUCAACUUAAUGGGGACCUGUCACUUUCUAACCCCGCCCUCUCACCAAUCAGUGGGGUGGAUCUUCUUUCAAACUCGCCCAUCAAGGAGGAAAGCGAGGACUCCCGGUCACCGCCACGGCGACCAGACGGCAAGCCGGUACAGACUGAACCAGUCGAUCUGUCUGUCAGCAGUAAACGACCAGGCAGUCCGGGAGAAUUAACAUUUAGGACCCAGCAGGGACUUGAUCUCCGGGUACAACGUAAAGAUGUGGAUGAUCACCCAAAUGUCACGCUGGAAGCAGUCAACAAGAUCGGGUCAGCUGCCCUUCUGUCCUUACGGCGAAUCAAGGAGGCCUCCGAUAAAUUUAAGAGUUUGGAACACGCACUACCACAUACUGCAAGUCCACCUUUGCCUGUCAGUGCCCCCUACUCCAUCUCACCGGUGCCUGCUGGGAUAGAUCCUUUCCUGGAACGCGAAAAGAAGAGGCGGGUACAUCGCUGUGAUUUUGAGGGCUGUAAUAAAGUGUAUACAAAAAGUUCUCACCUGAAGGCUCACAGACGAACACAUACAGGAGAAAAACCAUACGUCUGUAAUUGGGAAGGGUGCACCUGGCGGUUUGCACGCUCUGAUGAACUCACCAGGCACUACCGAAAACACACUGGUGCAAAACCAUUCAAGUGUAACGUCUGCGAUAGGGCCUUUUCACGAUCGGAUCAUCUCGCCCUGCACAUGAAGAGACAUUGAGGAUUUACUUCGAGUAGGUUUUAUUAUCCUUGGAAAUGAUCCAACAUUUCAUGCCAACCAUGUCCACCAGCAAUAAUCCCACGACUGCCGCAUGUUGAACUGCUGGUUCAGUUCAUACAGCCGUGAUCACAGAUGAAAAUCUGUUAUUGAAGAUACUGAUCGCCUGGAUUUUAUCCCAAAAAUUCUUGGUUAUUGACGAAUCUAGUGGUCAGUUAUUUGGAGGAUCAAUUAUGGCCAGUACACACUGAAAGUGAGGCUGAGUUUGUGUGCAGAACUUCUGUGUUGCUAGGCAACAGUUCAAACAAGGAUCUCUGUAUUAUAUAUAUAGAGAUGUGGGCGGCCUUGACCUCAUGGCAAGUGUAUGUCCACUACAUAACUAGUACUGAUCAGGCUGUGAGGCCCUGCCCCUAAAGGUGUGAUUGACAAUAGGGAGCUAAGCCCCGCCCCCCCAAUGUAUGAUUGGCAGUGUGCAGGGUGCAAAACCCCGCCCCCUCUUUGACUUAGAUUGCAGAAGAUUGCUCAUUGCAACCCAAAGUACAAAUGAUUGACAGUAUAGUCGGUUGCUAAGCCCUGCCUCUUGUGUGUGACUGACAACCGUUCAAGCGAGGUUCAAGCGAGACAGAGUGUGUACAUUACCAGAUCAUCGAGACAGUAUUCAUGCUCAUCCUUCUACAAAGGAAAUCACAUGACCUAACUAAUUUGUUUUCACUGCCAAAAUGUCAAUGAUUGUUAACUACAGGCUUAUGCAAUUGUGAGUGUUGAAAUAGCCUGUGUGAGAGUCAGCACAGAAACACACAUGCAGUUGCGGUUGGCCUAAGAGUCGUGAUAAAUAGUUCAUUCAUCUUCAUUCAAAAGCUCCAGUGUUCUUUCAGAAUGGUUCUUUUGUAUUUGAAAAUUUCUUCUACAAAAUUUUUUUGAAAAAAAAUAUGAUUAAUUUUUCAGUGAACUGGUGCAUUUGUCUUUUUACUGAAUCAUGAACCUAAAGUUUUCGAUUAAACUGAAAACAAAACUAUUGAAGUAUGCCCCUACAAUGUAGGUUAAGCUGACAAAUCACUGGAGUGGAACCAAGUAUCACUGAGUCCACCGGAAGUAAAGAGCCUGGCCAUAACAAAGCCUUGUUAGAUUAACAUGUCACAUUUAAUUAGAAUUUACAAGGUCAUGUUUCUCUGAAUGAAUCCUUGAAAAAAAUCAUUUUUCUUAGAAAAGAAAUAUUUAAGAUAAUUUUUAUUUAAAUUUUUCGAAUGAUUUGUUGAGUACCAGAGUAUGUUCAAACCGAGAAAUAAUCUAGUGAAAGCUGAUGUGAUGCAUACAUAGCAAAAGUUUAUGUUAUUAAUUUUAUACACAGUCCAUGUGAAACUUUAAACAAUAAUUUCUGAAAACGAAAAAAAAAAAUUUUUCUGGAUUUUCAUAGCCAGCUUAUGUUGAAAUUUGAAAAUAUUUGAUCUGGUGUAAACGUCAAUGCUAACCAAACGGGAAAUUGACGGAGGGACAUUAGAGGUUGUCCGGGUCACUUCCUGGCGGAUAUCCUUAUAUACACAGACAUUUUAGACAGUAUAUAAACAUCGUAACUGGCCAGGUAGACAAAAUAAUAGUCCUUAAUGUAAAAUUGUCUUUUAGUAUAAAAAUCGGAAUAAACUAAAAACAUUUUAGGAGUAUUGUAGACAGAAUAUUUGUUAGAAAUACAAAAAAAACUCACUGUCACACACGUGCUAGCUAAAUAUAUGCACUGUUGAGUUUUGAUUUAAUGGGUUGAAAAGUCUCGACAACAUGCCAAGAGGUUUUGUGACCCAGACAAACAAACUUGAGUGAGUUCAUUAUAAGCAAUAGACCUGCGUCGUACUGUGGUCUUCCGGAAAUCUGCAAUAAAUAUCUGUACUAGACCAAGCAAUACGUUACCCGUUAUAAAUUGUUUAUUUGUUUGUUUAUUUAGGUCUAUUUUUGUACAUAUUUUUUACCGAAAUGUUGUUUUGGUUUUUCUUGUGAUGGCAUGCUUCCUUGAUGUGAGCCGAGGUUAAACCUGGUGUAAUUUGAAUUUCCUUCCAUCAGCGUCUUGCCAGAAGUAGUCUGUGAUUCAAGUACAAACUAUACACGUAUACAGACAUUGUGUUUACGUUACGGUGAAUUCAAUUAUAAUCAAUCAUCAAUUUGUUAUCAGUUUGAAAUUAAGAAAUUUUAAUUUCAAAAAUGAAAUUAAAUCAUCAAAUUGUUAUCAGUUUGAAAUUAAGAAAUUUUAAUUUCAAAAAUGAAAUUAAUAUAAUUUAUUGAAAUUUCAUAAAUGAAAUUAAUAUAAUUUAUUGAAAAAUCAAAAUGUUGCAGAAAAAUAUAUCUGUUCAAGAAUAACAAGAGUUGAGCUUAAUAAAAAAAAUCAUGUUGAUAAUAAAUUUGCGUGAAAUUGAUAUUACACGAUGAUUUUAUUGUGAUUCAAUCAAUGAUAAUUCUCACUUCCUCAGUUGAUUGCCAAAUUUUGUUACAGAGAGUUCAGUGAGUACACUGUACAUUAAGCAAUAUACUUAUUUUUCAAGGUCGUGUUGAGAUUUGUUCUGCUGUACAAAUCUAUGCUGUUCAGUGCUUUUUUGUAAAUUAUUUUGGUGUUAUUUCAGUUACCUUUAUGUUUGAGUCAUGGAAAGAUGGUGCUAUGUCCACAAAGUGUACAGAAAUGUUUUCCUACAACCUGUGUUAACUCCUCGUUUCAAAAACAAACACUCACAUAACCUUGAUUUUCCAGUUUUCCUCUCAUUAUUAUAUUCCUUUAAAUUUUUCUUUAUAAAAAGGUACAAGAUUUAUUUUUAUUCCAACAUCUCUGCCCUUAUUUUCGUUCAAGCUUGGCUUAACUUUUAAUUCAUUUUAAUUCAUUUUAAUUCAUUUUUCAGUUAUUUUUAAUCCCGAUUUUGUUCUAGAGUUAUUCGCCCCUGUAUUACUGUUAAGUGCUGUAUAUAACGUAUGUCUUUAGUAUUUAUCAUUAACUUAUUAAAGCAGUAUUUCAUCAAAUGUAUCAGAUCCAUGUUGUAUAUAUAUAUAUCAGUAAACAGUUAUCUCCCCUUGCAAGGGGAGCUGUUGUACAUAUGUAAAUAUCAGGUAGCAAUUGAUUUUAUGAAUGUGGUAAAUUUUUACAGAAGCAUAUAUGUUUUGGUGUGAAAUAUAACCCGUGGUUUGUAGGGAUAGUGUGAAUGGUAUUUGCAUUGUUACCUGUGUUUUUUUUGUUUCUUUUAAUAACCUGUUUUAUUCGAAUUACUGAAAGAAUUGUUUUUUGUUUUUAAAAAUGUAAAAAAAAAAAAAAAAAAAAAAUCCUCUUGAUUAUAAAGAUUUCAAUAUCACUGGAGCUUAAUUAAGAAAGUAUGAGGAUAUGUUGUUUACAUACUUGGAAAAAUUGAAUAAAAUGGAAGAUAAAUAUGUUAAUGAAACAGUUAGGAAAUAAUCAAUUAACUUUGAAAUUACCAGUAAAAUGAUGAUUUUUUUUUUUCAAUAUCCCACGUACAAACUGUUUUAACCAUUCCUACAUAAAGUCACAAAUUCAUCCCACUGAAAUAUUACAGGUCAUAUAUAUUCAUCCCCUGCAAGGUCACAGGGUCAAAUGUCAAAGUGCAAUAAUCUCAUAACAUAACAUCCCAGUCUGAUAAACGUUUUAUUAUUGAAUGUUUUGUUUGAUGUGCUAGUGAAGCAUUUUGUUAGAUAUUGUUACCAUGGUAACAAGUAGAUUGUUAUAUUGUUGGCGUGAUGUUGUGCAAGUGUUUGUUGAUAAUAGUGUGACAGAGAUUGCUCAAAAAUUUUUUUUGUACGUGUCAUUAUGUGAAGUAGAAUAAAGCUGAUGGAAGUAUGACGAUGCUACCGUGGAACCCUCCGAAUGUAGCUGCCAAGUUUUAUUUUGGCAAAAUGUGUGGGUGAGAAAUAUCGCCAAAUUGUUAAAUUUUUUUGCUGCUUUUAAGGAAUAACUGAAAGCGAAUGAAAUAGUUUCCAUGGUGACGAGAGACAAGUCAGCCAUUGUUGACCAAUAAUGGUCUGGAACAAUCAUUGUUCUCAAUAAUAAAAGUACAUAGAGUCUAA